ACGCAGAGCCACCGCCCCACGACUCCCCUUUUGCGUUGCCUGCACCUCACCCCUGCUCUCCCUGUGCUGAGCGCCGGCAUGCCUGCCCUGCAUGCUCCCGCUGCCCCCUGUGCCGGACAACGCCGAUAUGGACAAGAUGGAGCGUCGGAUGGGCAAGUUCAUGCGCAAGUUCGUGCUGCAGGACAGCAGCUCCGACCGCCGCAUGCCUCCUGUUGCCUGUCUCGCGCAGCGCCGCCAUGCUCGGGAACUAGCUAGCGCCGCCGCCCAGGAACAGAAGCCGCCGUCGACCUUUGCCCCUCCGAUUCGUCGCGUUCGACGCCCGCCGGUCCAAUCGGAGGUCGCCACGAGCUUCCCCACGGCAAGCUGCACCUGCUCCACCUCUCUUCGACGUCGUCCAGCCGCCGGACCAUCGCCGCCCUCGGACUGUAGCUCCGGCCAUCCUCCGCCCGCUUUGGCCGCCCUGCAAGCUUCCCCACGACACGGUGAGCCUCCCCGGCACCUCCUUCUGGUUUGGGCGAGGCCGAAUCGGCCCGGCCGCGUUGCCCCGCCCCAAGCCGCCGCUCUGCUCGCCGCCGGCGAAGCUCCGGUGACCCUCGGGUCCCGAGCCACGGCUCAGCUUGCAGCGCGCGCUAGCGCCCACGUACGCGCAGCUAGCUAGGCGCGAGCACGCCUCCAGUGCGCGGAUCGACCGGCGCGCGCGGCGGCUCUGUUUGAUUUGGGUAUGGUGACGUCUUGAUGACGUCGUGAUGACAUCAGCAUCGCCUUUCCCUUAGAAAAACAAAUCCAGGAAUACGUGUUUUAUACAUAGAAUAUACCCUACCUUGUGGACCUCACUUGUCAAUGAAACAGACACUUUUCCAAAUGAUUUUCCAGUAAGAAAAUAAAUGGAGAAAAUAGGAGAAAUCUAGGGUUCAUCAGAAUAGUAACUUUUCAUCUUUUAAUCCUAAAUUUAAUCUUCAAACAUGUAUAUCCUCUUCAUUUUAACUCCAAAUAAAGUGAUUCUUUUUCCUAAAAUUUUCUAAAAUCAUGCUCUAUCAUUUGGUGGCUUUGUUUUGGUUCUUACUCGUGGUUCUUGCUGGGUUUCGUGCAUGUGCCUUUCGUCGUUCGUUUCGCGUAGACGACGCGACGUUCGUAACUGCGCCAGACGUUGAGCGAGAUGCUGAGCUAAUACUUGAGAGUAUGAACGAUCAGCAGCAAGGCAAGCACCCUUGAUCAUUUUUGCUCCUAUAUGAAUUCCUAAGCCUACAAAUAUAUGCAUGCGAUGAUGAUUUUUAUGAGUCCAAAUGUUAUUUUAUGUCGGGUAGACACGUCCUACUUCAAUGCAUUUAUCUUCCUUGUUAUUUUGUACCCCUUUUAUACCUUGUUACCCUAAGGUUAUGGCUUAUUCGCGUAGUUCAGAGUCACAUGCAUAGUUGGCUUAGUUUUUGCGCAAUAGUCAAGUAGUAUCACAUGGGUUGGUUUCUUUUAAAGAAAAUAUACAUUUAUAUGGCUGUUUUUUUAAAAGAAUAAAAACUCUAUGGUAGACGCUGGUGAAUAUAUGGUCUAGUGGAUAUGAUGGUAUGAGGAUGAAGGAAAAGAAUAUGGGUGGCAAAAUGGAUGGAAAAAAAUGGAUGAUGGAUAUGGCUUGGUUCUGGAUGCGUUUCCGGCGCAUUUUAGGGAUUUAUCAGCCGUGUCAAAUUAAGGACCGGUAAUUGGCACUAUUCUAGCCAAGUAUUACAGUGCAACCAUACGGCUAAAUGGGCACAGGCCUUAGCUUAUUAAGUCGGUUGGCCCCGAGAGGAUGCUACCGCCCGAGUGCUUGAGGAGUUCGUCGAUGUCGGGGUAGCUAACCCGGGCAGAUGUACGGAGCCAAGAAACUCCUACAGUCUGUCGAGUAGUAUAUCUUGGGUCCAGUUGAUGUAAUGGCUUUGUCAUGUUAGCUUGCCGACACAUCUAAGGAAUUGUGUAAAUGCGCAUUGGCUCCGCGCUGGCAUCAAAGCGAAACAUGUCGUAUGGGUAAAGUGUACAACCUCUGCAGAGUGUAAAACUAUUCGAAUAGUCGUGCUCACGGUUAUGAGCGCUUGAGCUAGUCGCCGAUUUUAGAGCUUUUGGUUUGAAAAUUUGGAAUGGGAACUGUUUGGAAACACUUGCACCAGUUCAAAGGUGGUGGACCGAUAUAGACGGUCAAAGGACCGCGAAAUGGGAAAUAGGGAGUCAUGAUUGGUGAUGUCGGUCUAUUUUGUAUAAAACAAAAUAUUUUCAAAAUUAUGCAUAUGAAGAUACACUCAAAUAAAAUGCAGCCUAGUGCUAGUGAACCAGUCAGCCUUCCUUGAUUAACCAUGCAUGUAUUAUAGGAUUUUUUAUAUACACCUGAAGUCUUGCGAGUACAAAAUUGUACUCCCCCUUGUUGCUAAAAUUUUAAAAUCCAGAGUUCGAAGAAGAGCCACCCCAGUUCAGUUCUUUGCCGAGGGAUGCGGGUUUUCGACGUUGGUUCUUUCUAGGACUAACUCCCAGUCAGUUGCCUGUGGGAAUGGUGAGGCACACUACUGUAGGAUGGAAGUCCUAUAUUUCUGUUUGCUUCUGCUGCAAAAUAUAUAUAUUAGCUCUGAUUAAAUACUAAUGUUACUAACAAGUUUUGUGUGCAGUUGUGAUACCAGUGCUGUUGUGCGUACUUGCGGACUGAUCAUGGGACAAGUACAGUAAAGCACAACGGGAGCCUGGGUAUUUGUACGCCCAGGGGCCCAUACCCAGAUCUUUCUAGGGGCCUGCACGCAAGAACUCAGGGACCCAGUUGUAAACUAAAACUUUGUUUCUCAAACUCAAAUCAGUGAACUUGCAAAAAUCAUAUAAAAUCACAGAAAAACCACAAAAAUGCGAAAUCAAAUGUUUUGGAACCCUUGGAACAAAGCCUACAACUUUCUUACAUGCACUUAUUCCACUUCAAUUUUUCUCUAGGUUAAAGAUUAGUAAAAAAGUAUUUAAUUGUAUCUCGUGUUCUAGAGCAGUUCAGUAGGUGAUUUUUUGGAACUUAAACUUGACUAUGAAUGUUGAACUCUAUGUAAAAAUUGCAGGGUCAGAUCACACCCCUAGCUAUAGUUGCUAAAUCUUGUUCUAGGCUUAUUUCAAUGUAUGUUUCAAUCUCUAAUGUAUACAAUAAAAUAGCUCACAAGGAUCAACUAUGCACUAGAUCACUAUGAUUUAUGUGUCAAAUGAUGAAUUAAAUACUUUACAGACAGCUAAAUAGAUAACCCUUUGUUUAAAUUGUCACAGCUGUCUGUACUGUUGUACUUGCCCUUAGGCGUUGUCCAAUGGUUAGAGUAAACAACUGGGUCAUAAACAAUAAAAAAAUAGCAUAAGAGACAACUUCUUUAAUGAUCUAAGUCUUAGCACAUAACUCAAAAUAUAGGCAAACUCAUAUACCAGCCCUGUUUGGUUUUCUGGAAUUCUAGGAACUGUGGGUCUUCAAGGAUCCGCAUGAAGGACUAAAUGAAGUCUAUUUGCUAAACCUCUUCAGGGGUGGAUGUAAUUUUUUGCGACGAAUCUAAUGACGAUAAUUAAUUCAUGAUUAGCUACAGUAACCAUUCUCUAAUCAUGCGGUCUAAGGGCUCAUUAAAUUCGUCGGGGUUCCUAGCACAGGAUUCUGAAAUUGGUUUUUUAAACUGUCUUUAUUUAAUAUAGUAAAUAGCGAUCAAAGUGUUACUAUUCUUGAAAUUCAAGAAAACCAAACAAGACCAAUCUUGAAAUACGUGUACGAAACUAUCUCGUGAUCAAAAAAUUAUUAUUUUUUCCUUCAUAGAUAAAAUAUUAUAUUUUAAUCCUAUAAGCUAGCUGACAUAACGGAGGAGACUUUUGAGUAUUCAUGGGGUAUAUAACCUGACUACGAGUAUUUGUCAAUCAAAAUUAAUAAAAUAUGACUUUAUAAAUUGUAAUAUAUAAAUUAUUGUAGCAUGUAGGUCAAUAAACCAUAAAAUCGUGAGGCCUUUCCAUAGAAAAUACUAGUCAUAUUUUCUCUGAACCCAAGCAUUCUGAUCAUUUAUUUAUUCUAGACGCGUAUCAACUUAUCACACCUCAUCUGAAAUUGCUACACGUACGCACGCCACCCUCCACCGACUUCAUCGUCUCAGCGACCUCCCCCACCGGAAACUCGGGGUUCCCCUCACCCGGCCGCCGCCGCUUUCGUCACGGCCACGCCGGCGAUGGACUCGCCGCCGUCCCUGCCUCCGCUGAACUCUCUGCCCCCGGUGAACUGGGAUGCGCUGGAUGCCCUCGUCCUCGACUUCGUCAGAUCCGACCGCCUCGUCGUCCCUCCUCACGCUGACGCCGACGACGCCACCUGCCCCUCGCCGCCGUCUUCCCCUUCCUCCUGCACCACCACCGCCACCUCCUCUGUCCCCUCCUCUUCUUCCUCGUCGUCCUCGUCCUACCGCUCGCGCCUCCUCAUCCUCCGCGCCCGCCGCGCACUCGAGGCGGGCGAUGUGGACGCAGCCCUCGCGCUUCUCCGCGCCCAUGCGCCCACCGCGCUCGCCGACCAUCGCCUCCUAUUCCACCUCCACAAGCAAAGGUUCGUAGAGCUGGGGAGGAGGGGCACGGAGGCGGACAGGAAGGCCGCGCUCGACUGCCUACGCACGGCACUCGCGCCCUGUGCGCUCGAUGCCUACCCGGAAGCUUAUGAGGAGUUCAAGCAUAUAAUGCUUGUUUUGAUAUAUGACAAAGAUGAUCAAUUCUCCCCAGUUGUCAAUGAGUGGUCUAUAAAGAGGAGGUUUGAACUUGCUGGUUUGCUAUCAUCCAUACUAAGAGCCCAUUUACAAGCUUAUGAUCCUAUAUUGUCAAUGACCUUAAGAUACUUAAUAAGCAUUCACAAGGUAUAUUGCAUGCGCCAAGGAAUUUCAUCACCUAUAUCUGAUCUUACUGAGCGACUGCUCUUUGAGGAUCGUGAUCCACCUGUGGUUCCUCAGGAAUGCUCACUAGAAGCACCGCCAUUUGAUGAGGUUGAUGUUCAAGCCCUAGCGCAUGCUGUGGAGUUGACAAGACAAGGUGCUGUUGAUAGCUUGAAGUUUGCAAAAGGAGAUUUAUAUCAAGCAUUUCAGAAUGAAUUGUGCCGAAUGAAGUUGGACCUGACACUUCUGGAUAAACUUGUACACGAGUAUUGUAUAUACAGGGGCAUAGUUGAAGGUGGUUCCCGUAUUCUUCCUGGAACUUCUGAAUUGAAAUGUAGUCAAAACAAUAAUUCCAAUAACGAAACAGUGUCUGAAUGUGAAAUGGCUAAUAAUCAGAAUGGAGAUUGUAGCACCAGUGAUAUAUCCCGGGAUGAUUCUUGGUCCAGAAGGUUACGUAGGGUUAGAAGUAGUACAUCUGGGCAGCGAAGACGAAAGAGAUGGAGAGGACGGGUAGAUGAUCUAGAUUAUGCUUGUGAAGCCUUGUUGGAUGCAAAUAAGCAUGAUAGCUCGUCUCCUGCCCUUGACAUGGAUGAAGAUAAUGUGGUUGACCAACAGGACUUGGUGGCAAAUUCUAAUAGGCCUGAUACUAGAAACAUGGAUGACCAGAAAUACGAAGUUGUCCUGGAGAUGCAGGAUCUCACACGAAAAGGGAUGGCUUCCAAUGUUGUUGAGGAAAUAAGCACUAUAGAUCCCGAGUUCUUUCCACAAAACCCUAUUCUUCUGUUUCAGUUGAAACAAGUUGAAUUUCUUAAGCUAGUGGCUUCUGGUGAUCAUGUUGCUGCUCUCAAGGUAGCAUCCACUCAUCUAGGACCUCUUGCUGCGAAUAACCAAGCUUUGCUGAAGCCCUUGAAGGAGACUCUGGUAACAUUGAUUAAACCCAACGAAGAUGUACUAAAUGCAGUAUCUUUGCCGGUUCUUGCAAGUUCUCUCCAGGUUGCAAUGGGCAAGAGGCUUGGUAUUAAAGAACCUCAGCUAAUGAAGAUAGUCAGAGCAGCAAUCCAUACACACACUGAAUGGUUUAAGCUUCAGAUGUGCAAGGACCAAUUUGAGCACUUUUUGAAGAUUGAUUCUCUGAAAGAGGUUGAUCCACCAGUGAAGAGUUCCAGUAUGUCCAAGGGCCAUACAGAUGAAUGUGGCAAUGGAUCAUCUCAAAUCACAACAUGUUCAAGUGGCAAGGUGCCAGAUGAAGGUAGCAGCCCUCAGGUCUCAUCAGAGCCUGCUUGCGAUGAAAAUGCUAUACUGAAGGUUAUGGAAUUUCUUGCCUUGCCGAGGGCUGACGCCAUCCAACUCCUUAUGCAGUACAAUGGAAAUGCAGAGACAGUCAUCCAACAGAUCUUUCAAUAGCGCUUACUGUGAAAAAUGCCACAUACCGACAUACGUGUUGCUUGUUUCAAAACAACAUUCUUUGUGAAUACUUAUCUUAUCUUGUACAGGAGGUUCUUAUAGAACUAGGCUACGUUCCCUUUUCCUGUAUAUUUGCUCAUCACUUUAUCCGUGUAACACCAAAGAAUAACACAAAGGAACUCAAAUAACAGUUUUCAAGAAAAUCACCAAGGAAUAAUGGGAAUGUUUAUGAAUUUUUUGAA